GAUCAAACUAACUGGUCCAUGCUCAAACGCUUUGCGUACAUUUCCUAUUGAUAAGCAGCGUUGCAUGUUGUUUUAUGAAUCGUUCAAUCAUAAUUAUGAUCAGGUGGCAAUGGAAUGGACCGAAACAGCUCCUCCGAUAACUAUUUUGAAGCAUAACAUAACACUGCCAGACUACGUACUUGUUGAUUUUGCAGCAACCAGUGUUAGACGACUUUAUCCACCUGGAAUAUGGAACGAGUUAAUUGCAACAUUCACAUUCCAGCGACUCUAUGGCUUUUACAUAUUGCAGGCAUGCGUUUAUAAAUUCUUAUUUAGACUUACGAAAACAAUGCUCAAAUUAUGUGAAACAUCUGUGGAAUUUAAGCGACUGUUCAGAGGCACUCCUUUUCAGGUAUAUGUUCCGGCUUACAUCUCUGUGUUCAUCUCUUGGGUAUCAUUCUAUUUGGGCCCAAAUCUUCCUUCGCGGACAACACUCGGUGUCAAUUCGCUUCUCGCUCUCACAUUUCAGUUCGGUUCUGUUGUCAGUAACCUGCCUAAAACGAGCGAUGUGAAAGGUGAUUUUCUUGUAUCAUGCUUAAAUAUGACGCUGGCAGCUUAUAAAAUAGCAUACUUUACUGGUAUGGUGUUCCAAAAGCGGCAGGGUCUCUCAUAAUU